AUGUACCAUGUAUGGAGGAGCGAAAUCUCCAGGACAAGCUGUGGUCACCCCUGGACACGUGAAGCCUGUGCAACUAGAAGGACCAAUCUCCUCUUGGAGCUGACAUCAUCCUGGGCUAACGCACAGCAAUCUGGGAUGAAAGUUUUGGAGUAUCUAAAAUUGAAUCAAGCCACAAAUCAUUUUUUACACAAUGACUCAGUGAACAGUAAUUUUUUACAGUUUCACCACGACAUCACUGAUGAAUGCUGUGAAGACGACAAACAGCAUUCUUGGGCAGUAAUUGAAAGACAGGAGGAGAUUAUCAUGUACGGGCCUUAUUAUCCUAACUAUAGCAGUAGAGAACAUAGUGAGGACCUCGUUAUCAGCCAAACCCAGGAACUUCUGGAGUCAGAGAGUUUCUUUGAAGAUGUAAAGGUCUACAUCUUCACUGUGAACAGCCCAUGUUUGGCAAGAUAUGCCAACCCGUGCAUGCUGAACCUGGUUCAUAAGGCUCUGGAGUGGUGGAAUGCACUUGGAGUGAAGACUCAUAUUGGCCAUAUGAAGUGCUUGGGCUUUAAAGGAACCAGAGAAAAUCUGUUUCAGGGUGUUAACUACAAACAGGUGGAAUGCGUAAAUCAAACUGUGGACUACGAGAGUUAUGUUAAAGCAGCUGAAAUGAGCACCGAUCUUAAUCUUUUGUGUGAAACUGUGUUUUCUCUUCUUAAGCGCUUGCUGGGGCCUCAACAAGAAAACAUCUACUUUGCAGCCACCAUGCAGAAGCAGGACAGGAAGACUUAUUUUAAAAGCAUGCGUUCUAUAUUUGAAAGCAAACCAGCGCAUGAGAAAAAAAUCCUGACACAGAGGGUGAAGGCACUGAUCGACUCUGCAGAAGUUCUGCUUUCGAUGAGUACCGAAAGUCUCCAGGAAUAUUUAGAAAGAGGGCGUGUUUUUACACUUGGUUACACAUUUAGCUCACAAGCGUGUGAUGCUGGCCUCGAGGAUAUAAUGAGACUUGCGUUUCAGCAGUGUUGGAGGGACUUGGUACAGGACAAGUGUGCAGAGGUCAUCAGAGAAAAGUUGACUGAGGACUUUAACCACUGUGCCCUUCAGCUUUUUAUCAAAAACACCGGGAACAUCACAGAGCAGUUUUUACAAAUUGGGAAAUUAAGAGGACUCAAAGGCUCCACUGUUUUUGAGAAGAAGAUGAAGUUAUUGUAA